AUGUCUCUUCCGCAAAACUCGACACAGUGGGUAGUCAAGCGAUUCGAUGGCCCGUCCGGGCUUGAGAGGCAGGUGGCGCCUAUCCCUCAGCUUGGGCCCAACGACGUCAUGAUAAAGAUUCACGCUAUUUCCUUGAACUACCACGACGUUGGUACUACUAGGGGCCAUGACGAAGAUUCCUUGAAAGAUGUCGUCCCCGUUUCGGAUGGAUCUGGGGUUAUUAUAGCCAUCGGGUCUAAUGUCCAGAACUUCCAGAUCGGCGACAGAGUCACUACAAUCAUGAACGGAGCACAUCUUGCUGGUCCGAUGAAGCCGCACUACAUGGGCGCGCUUUUGGGAAAAGCGUACCAUGGUGUCCUGCAAGAAUGUGUCGUUAUUCCAGCACAAUACGCAAUUGCUCUCCCACGCAACCUCAGCUUUAUUGAGGGUAGCACGUUGCCGGUGGCGGGGCUGACUGCCUGGAACGCUCUGUUCGGCACCCAAGGGCGCCCUCUACGCCCGGGACAGUGGGUUCUUACGCAGGGUACUGGCGGUGUAAGCACCUUUGCUAUCCUUUUCGCCAAGGCAGCUGGUGCCAAAGUCAUUGCGACCACGUCUUCGGCCGAAAAGGCCAAAAAGCUUCAAGAGAUGGGGGCUGACCAUGUAAUCAACUAUCGCGAAGUUGAGGACUGGGGUGCUCAAGCGCAGGCUCUUACGCCCGGAAAGGAGGGAGUUGACAUCGUGGUCGAAAUCGGAGGCGGAGCGACUCUCAAACAGUCUUUCGUAGCCGUGAAGAUGGACGGACUUAUCUCUGUCGUUGGAGUACGAGCUGGAACUCACCCUAAAGAGCAGCCAGUUCUCAUGGAUAUGUUUUUCAGGUUCUGCACUACACGUAUUGCAUACGUGGGCCCUCGCGUGCAAUUUGAGGAGAUGAAUCGUGCAAUCGAAGCUAACAAUAUUAAGCCAGUGAUUGAUGGGCGGGUUUUUAGCCUUGAAGAGGCCAGAGAUGCUUUCGAAUACUUGGAGAGCAUGAAGCAUUUCGGCAAGGUCUGCAUCGAGGUGGUUAAAAGUGCUUCUUUCGAUACGAUUUACUCGAAGCCAAUCAUACAGGCUACUGGGGUACCUAACUACGACCGACCAUUGAUACUCUAUGCCUACGCGGAGUCCGAAGUUGCCCGCGCCAAUCUGGAGUAUUUUGUUGCUAUAGGCCUACAUAGUGCUGCCGACUUUGUCUUUAUCUUCAAUGGAGAGACCAACGCCGAUUCGCUCAUCCCAGACGCGCCCAACAUCCGUGUCGUACAUCGGAACAACACAUGUUUUGAUCUAGGCGCCUACGGUGAAGUUUUAAGAACAAAUAGUCUCUGGACACACUAUCGUCGCUUCAUUACCAUGAAUGCAAGUAUUCGUGGACCGUUCCUCCCAUACUGGGCUCAAGGCAAGAGUGCCUGUUGGUCAGACCUCUACCUAGACAGGAUCAACGAAAAGGUUAAGCUGGUGGGGAUGUCGGCAAACUGUAUGCCUCGCUUCCACAUCCAGAGCAUGAUCUGGGCAACGGACUCGCACCCUAUCGCCUGCUGA